UCGGGGAGUUUUUUUGGACCCCUAAAAUUUCACUUAUCCAGACCGGUAGCGGUACAUGUAGUUUGACAAACAUUAGUUCCCUUUUUCCUCCCUUCAAAUGGGUGGCUGAUACUAAACAUAGGUUUCCACGGCAGUUUUUAUCUGGUAACUAAGGACACAUUAUCACCAGAAAAAGAGCCAGAGGACAGCAUUCCUGACUGCAGUACGUUACAGUUCAGUUGUAGCCAACGUGUAAGGAUCUGUGCAGAGGAUGGUGCAACCCCUUGUCAGACCAAUCAGUGUUCACCUGUGAAACGGAAGAUCCUGCAGGUUCAGGUGGGUCUCGCUGCACAGGAAUGGGGGAACCCAAAUCUCCCAAGUUCCCCUCUGCAGAGGAAGAGCUGAGUUACUGGAAGGAACAGUCUGCAAAACACCAGCAGAGGGCAGCGGAGGCUCAGGAGGAGCUGCAGGAGUUCCAGCAGAUGAGCCGGGACUACGAAGCCGAGCUGGAGGAGGAGCUAAAGCAGUGCGAGGCACGGAACCGCGAGCUGCUGAACCAAAACAACCGCCUGCGCAUGGAGCUGGAGAGCUACAAGGAGAAGUACGAGGCGCAGCACUCCGAGGCCUUCCGGCAGAUCUCCACCCUGGAGGGGGACCUGGCAGAGACCACGGCCAUCAGGGACCAGCUGCACAAGUACAUCAGAGAGCUGGAGCAGGCCAACGACGACCUGGAGAGAGCCAAGAGGGCCACCAUCAUGUCUCUGGAGGACUUUGAGCAGCGCAUGAACCAUGUGAUCGAGCGGAACGCCUUCCUGGAGAGCGAGCUGGACGAGAAGGAGAGCCUGCUGGAGUCUGUGCAGAGGCUGAAGGAUGAAGCUCGAGAUCUGCGGCAGGAGCUGGCUGUGCAGCAGAAGCAGGACCGGAGGCCGACCCUCGCCCUGGGCAAAGACACCGACCCUCUGCCCCGCCCCCACACGGGCCUCCCGCCCACCCUGGCCACGCCUGCGGCCCCGCCCCGUAGCUCUGCCAGCACCUUCACCGCCCCCGCAUCCUCCUACCAGCGAGGUGAUGGAUUGACUGCGACCUCCCUCACCACGUCCGCCCGGAUUUCAGCCCUCAACAUCGUCGGGGAGCUGCUGAGGAAAGUGGGGAACCUCGAGUCAAAGCUGGCCUCCUGUCGGGAUUUUGUGUACGACCAGAAGGCGACCAGGCCGACGCCCACCGCGGGCCCCAGGGCACGUGCCGCCUCCCAGGACAGUUCAGACAACCCGCCCAGCGCCAACGGCGUGCCCGCGUUCGAGAAGGGAUUAGCAAAGAGGCUGGAGUAUGGACCGGGCCCCAAGAUUCUCCUGUGAUCACCACACACACCUGACACACACUUACGCACACACACACACACACACACACACACACUUACAUACUGCCCUGCACUUUGCUGCCUCCACAACAGACCCACUUGUCCCCCAGAAUUGCCUUUGGCGAGCCCCCACCGACCACCGGCCUUCUCCAAGUCGAGUGGAGGGGCGGAGCCUGACAGUGAUUGGCAUUUGGCUGCUUCUGCCUUAUGGACUACGUUUACCUCUCGUGUCACUUUACAGCUGUAGCUGAGUUCAGCCAAUCCGGCUCCAGACAGAAAGAUCCGCAGAAACCCCCAGAAUGUUCUGUGUGUUUGGCCUUUUCGCCCCCUCAGUGCCAUAGAAGAGAAGAGAUGUGUGUUUGCCCAGCUAAGGGGAAGCCAAACACAAAGACAACAAACGGAAUUCAGAGAACGUGUGAGAUCAUCUGGAAUCUACUAUUAGUUUUUUUUUUUUUUUUUUUUUGAUUGGGAAUACUGUUCUGCUCAAAGAUAUACUCAAAUGCUGCAAGAUCUAUCACGGGCCAACACUGGUUCCCAGUGGCCAAAGGACCAAACGACAGCUGAGGCAGUGCUGGGACUUUCAUUUCAGGGUGUGGCUCUUUGACAAGGAGAAGCCCUAACCACAGAUUCUGUAGGCUUUGCUUCUGCAGUCCUUCUGCUUCUUACCUACUGGAGGUUCUGGUUGGUAGCAGGAGUAUUUGGUGCUGUAUUACAGUACAGAAUGCCCAUGGAGACGGUGUUGGACUUGGCCCCAGCCCUUAGCAGAUAGUCUUGAGCUGCAUCAGGUUGUAAUGUUUCGUUUUCAGCAGUAGGGAGACUGCACUUACGUUAAUAUUACAGAGCUCAGUUCUGGUGGGUCUGUAGAACCUGUGCCAUGGCUCACUGCCUGGCUGUAGAGAAUAAUCACUUUAGCAUUAAGCAGGUCUCACAACGGACUCAGUGCUUGAUGAAUCUUCAGGUGUUUUCUGUGUCAUGACGAAAUUCAAGAUUUUCUCAAUUCUGCCUCUAAAUUCACCUAGGAGUCUUAGUUUUUUUUUGUUUGACAGUAGAUAAGGCUUUCUGUGAGAUCUGUCACAGCUCGGCUGGCCAGUGGCUGGUAUUGGUGACAGCAGCGUCUCCUACCCCUGCCUAUGAAACCAGUGACCUUUGUGAAUGAUGGAAUGUAAUGGGAGGCGUAAAUCAUGAUAAAGCUCUGGCCCUCAGAACAGUGUUACUUCUGAUGAACAGCUCGCAAAAAGAAAUGUGCUGCUUUGUGUUCAGGUUGUUUUCGGUUGACAUUCAGUUGUCCUCCAAUAGUUUUUUUUGCGUUGUGUUUCUGUUCUUUUGUGAUCGUGUAUUGAGUGUAAUUGAUGCCUCCCUGUCCCUUUCUCAGGGGCAUGUCAAUGGUUAGCUGUGUGGAAGUGCACGCUGCUCUGUGGUUAGCGUAACUUUAUCUGCCUGGAGCUACUGUACCCUCCCCUUUCCCAGUAUGCCUCAAAAGGAUCUCACAGUCUCUGUAACCGUGGGAGACUGAAGCGCCGUCAAUCUCAAAGUAGGCGGGGCCGUUGUCACUCACCACUUUGGACCAAUGCCCACGUUUUGCCUUGGUUGUCUGUACCUUUUUUGUUUGGUUUUUGCACAUCAGUGAUUGACAGCUCUCUGUAGCUCCACCCACGACGGGAAGGUCAGGAAGCCUCUCUCCUGUCAGUGGGGUUGUGAGGCCGGUCUCGUUUUCCCCGUGUCAGAUUGUCAGGAAGGGGGGAGACUCCUCUUACUUGGUGGUGUUUUAGAGAAGGAGACUUUAGUCUGGGGUUGUGUGCUCUUUCCAGCUACAGUGCAUGAGGAGAGGAAAGGUAGUUUUAGAAGGCCUUUCCUUCUAACUGGAGAGCACAUUGUCAUGUUUUUUUUUUUUUUUUUGCUAAGCUCAUGAAUUUUAUAGUAUUUGGGGUAGGAGAUGAGAAACAGAAUUUAUGCAGUGUAGAUUUGGCAUGUGGGUCAACCCUCAAAGUCACAAUAUACUUUACUGAGAUGCUUAAUCUCAAAAUGUUAUUUUGAACUUGUGCCUUCCAUGAGCAAUUAUUAUGGUCAUAAUAUAUAAUAACUGGUUUGAUAGUGUUUCAAAUAUUGGACCCGUUUCCCAAUCAGUAAUAGGUGUCGUAAAUUUUGGACUAUUAUGCCGUUUGAGAUUUGAAGCCUUAAAACGAAAUGUGUGUCUGUGCCAAUACGCAUCCCAUAUAUUUCUUGUCCCAGAAAGGAAUGUAAACCCCAUGUUAUGUUUUGUGAAAUGCGGAAAUGUAAAUACUUCCAUGAAGGUUACGUGUUUUAUGUUAAAAAUAUGAAUUUGAGGAUGUUUAUUCCCCAGAUUGUUCCUAACUGCUGGGUGCCAAUGUCCUAUAGUAUGUGUGAGGGACUUGCACAAUUUCUACUCUGGUAUUCCUUCACACUGACCUAUCUAACUGAAUUUUGAAAUGUUUUUUCUGCUUUAAUUCUGUCGCUCCAGAGUUAUGGACUGAAAAAACACUGCAGUUAGUAUAGACCAGACCUGGGUCAAAUACGUGAAUGUUUUGGAUUCAAAUGCUUUUCUGUGCUCUGUUGAUCAUGCCUGGUGUAAUUGAGCCUGCCAAUCUGACCAGAUGGCAGGGUUUGCGCUUUUUGAGAGCUUCAUUGGUUCCAAUACACCAGACAAGAUCAGUAAAGCGUAGAACAGUAUUUGAAUCCUAAACAAACCAUAUUUGACCCUGGUCUGGUGUAGGCCCAUUCCUGCCCUGGUCCAUUUAGUCAGUCUUUUGGCAUGAGGGCACUAAUGAACAGGUAGUGUUACUAACGGUAGGUAGGUGUUGGGUUAUUGAGAAGUUAGCAGUUAGGCGUUGGGUUAGCGACAAGCAGAGGUGGGUAGGUGUUGGGUUAGUGAGAGGGCUUAGAGGGUAUGUACUGUAGACCGAAAGGUACAGACUGUUUCUCAGGGUCACUUUUAAGCCAUAUUUGCACACACACAUUCCAGUUAGCAGGUGGCAGAAUCCCAGGUGGGUGAGACCGGUGGUGGUAAUAAUAAUCCAGGUGACUGGGACAGGUGUACAGGUAUGCGUUCUGUGGAUCCUGCUGCUACGGCUUUGAGAUUUCCGCUCCUGUUCGCAGUGGCUGGAUGAGCUGUAUUGUGAUGUAAUUCCUGACCCUGUCUCAGCCUCGCUCGAUCGAUCGAUCGAUGCUUUUGCGGUCCGUCAUCCUAUGUGCUCAGUCUGUAAAACAGCAGAUUGAUUUUACUGCUGUCAUUUUCAUAUUGUUUUGUUUUUCUAUUUUUAUUUUUUUUUUGCAUUAAAAGAACUUGAAA